AUGUCCGCUGCUGCCCCUCGGAGGGGGCUGGCCUGUCGCCUAUGUAUCCGGCGAAAGGCCAAGUGUGACAAACAGAUUCCAUGCCACAACUGUGUGAAGAGAGAGACCCCUGCAGAAUGCGAACGCGAGGAUCCCGCCAGCGAUAUGCGCCUGCAGAGUAGUAGUAUAUCCGGUGUUCGGAACCCGCCCGACGACAACACGUCUGCCGCCGCCGCCGUCGCCGUUCUUCGUGCUCGGGCGGCUGAACUCGAGGUUGUCCUUCAAGACAAGAUCGCAGAGACCACCGAUGUGGUGGCACGGUCUCCGACGAGAACACCGGCGACAGAGCAGCGGGCUGGGGGUAGGACUGUCGCACAGGUGAGGAGGUCGUCGUCGCCAAGCCAAGGGGCGUCCGAGAUUGAAGAUGCGGUUACGGUGCUGGAGUUCCUGGCCUGGGGCCGCAUGAAGGAUCCCGACAAUGCCAUGCUGUCGCCGGAAGCCCUUCGGGUCUCUGAGCACGAUGACGGGAUGGGCAUCAGCAGCAGCCCGGCAGAGGAGGAGCUCGAUGGCGCCCUCGAAGCCGGCAUGAACCACCCCCUUUUGUGGCUCCAGAUCCUACUCUCGUCCCGACGCCUAGUGUACCAGCUAGCCGACUAUCACAGCAACUGCAUGCCAUGGCCCGGUCCGAAACUCUCUACACCAAGCACGAGGCCGUCUUGUCUACGACCGGAGAAUGCGCUCGUUGACCACGGGCAGGCCCGCCUUCCUCGCCAACACGGCCUUUGA